GCGCAAACGCCGUUUAAAUUUUUGUACAUUCAAAUUUGUAAUAUAUUGUUUAUAUAUUUUUUUCGUGAAAUUACGUUUUACGACCGUUAAAAUUUUUUUUUUGUAUUUUUAUAGCAACACUGAAAUUUGAAUAAUAUUUUAGUGAAGUGACGUGGUUGAUUUUCAUUGUACCGGUGCACGAAUGUAGCUAACGUUUCUUUAUAAAAUUAUUAAAAUUCUCGAACGUUAUCGUAAUACCCUUCGUAUUAAAAGAUUAAAGUCAGUGUUUAUUGUGAAUUAGUGUAUUAAUGUGAUUGCGGUAACAAAUUUGUACUUCAGUUUCAAAUUUGAGGACCCAGAAUGGCAAAGCUAACGCUCCUGUUUUUAUUCUGCCAAAUAAUAACGCUACCGAUUUUGAGAGGACAAACAAAUGGCUUUGAAGACCUUGUAUCCUCUUAUAUGGAGCAAUAUGGCGAUUCGGCGGGAAACGGUGUACCUGGUUUACUAAAUAACUUAGUAGGAGCUAUGACACAAGGCAAUGCUGGUAAAGAGUUAGCGUCGAAUUUAAUGAGCGCAUUUUUGCAAGGUGAUGGCGCGAAAAAUUUGGGCGCCAUGUUGGGACAAGAUGGCGGCGGCGAAGGCGCAGGAAAUAUUUUAGCUGGUCUCGGCAGCUUGCUUGGCGGACAGAAUGGACAGAUUGAUCCUUCCCUGGUUGGCAAUAUGAUUUCAAUGUUCACACAAACCAUGACUCCACAACAGCCAAAAGUAGAAAGAAAGAAGCGUAGCCAAAGUGAAGACAACGACAUCAAUUUGGAAAGCAUGUUAAGUCUUGCUUCCGGAUUUUUGGGAAACAAAAACUCUGAAUCCGUGCUUCCGUUGGUCAUGAAUGUUAUCAGUGCAUUUUCGGGUAAUGAAGCACAGAAAAAAGCUGAGGAACACAAGGAACACGCAACAUUUUUACCCCCUUUCCUGGAAAAGGCUCAUCUGUACUGGGACUUAUUUAUUAAUUCGGAACUGGGUAGGACUGUGUGGGAAAAAUCAGGUUUGAAGAGGGCGUUCAAAGCAUUCACUGGACCUGAUGGUAAAAUCAGCUUCGAUUUAGUAAUGAAAAGCUUUGAGAACCAGCAGUUCAGAAGGCACUGGAUCAAGGCCGCUGCGCAAUAUUUAACGGAUAUGGUCAUCCAUGUGGCUAAACCUGAAGUUUAUCAAAAAUACUUGGCCUCAGCUCAAUACCUCAUCAACGGAUAUCUGGAUGCUCAAGGUCUGCCUAAAAGCACGCAGUUCAACGUGAAAAGACCAGAAAAGUCCAUCAGCGCUUUGAUCAACCACGCUCUUAAACGUUAUUUAGACAUGGACACCGAUGUUUCAGAAUACGUGAAACCUGCAGUUGACUACUUUAAGCAAACCAUGAAAAUGGCCCAAGCAACAUCUCAGAAACUGACCAAUCGGGAUGAUUACAACGCCAUAGCAGAUCGAGUCACCGACACUCUGAACUUAGAUGUUAUUGAACCAGUAUUGAGAGUGUAUAGAGCGUAUAAGCAUUCCGUAGAAGCACCUCAUUGCCAGGAACAUCUUUUAUGCUUGGUCAACAAAGGCGUUGAUCAAAAUAAGACAGGAGUAGCCGGUAUCAAAGCAGGUCUAACAAAGAUCAGCAGUUUGGUGGCUUCCGCUGCUCUGAGCUUCCAGAAUGGCAAAGGAUUUUGGGAUCUGUACAACGCCAUACAGAGCGAUGUCAAUUGCGAGGCCGCCUAUCCAGCUGACUGCGCGUCUUUCCAUGAACACGAAUUGAAAGUGACUACGGAACCGUAUCACAGUGAAUUAUAAAUAUAACAUUGUCUAGGAACUUAACGAAUGCGAGAUAUUUGCGACUUUGGACAUUUUAAUAUGAAUUUUUGAAGGUACAGUUACGAGCACAUCUAACUCGACACUUAGUACUUUUCUGUUCUUUUUUGUAAACGGCAUAGAGUUGAAUUUAGAUUUUAAGUGUCAAGCUUGACAAGCUCUUGACCCUGCACAAUAAGAAUCAAAAAUAUUUAAAUUGUCACAUUCGUCUAUUGUCACUGUCUGGAAUUAUCAAAAUUUAAAAUAUCGCAAAGUAUUAGAAAAUCUACGAAAAGCUGGCUCCACAUUCACGGCGAGAUUAUGCAGAGACGAUAUCGAGCUUCUACAUUCUCGCUUGAGACAGUAGACGCACUACAAGAUGAACGUCUUGAAAUUAUUAUCUGGCGGUCUGUAGCGAUAUGUGCUGCAUCAUGACUUUGAUAAACUUCUAGAAUGCUUUUCAAGAUUGUAAUUCCAAUUUAUGGGCAUUUUCUAUAGAAAAAUAUACAAGCACUUACUUCGACGAUAGACGGCCGACUGAUUGAAGCGAAUGUGGAUGAAUAGUGUUGCAUAAACACGCUAGAAUCCUUUGAUGUUUUGACAUUUAGGAACAAGAAAUGGGAGAUAUUACGAAUUUAUGAAACAACACAAACAUGGACGAAUACACUCUCGAUUCGGCAAGUCUCGUGCUGUGCAAAGUGAAUCCUGCUUUAGGAAUAUAUUUUCUCUACAAGAGGUCUAAUUUCUCCUUUAGAAAAACCGUAGGUAUUUAACCAAAAAUAAAAUAUCUAAACGUUGCAUAUUUUAUUAUUUAAUUGCAUUCGAUUUCUUUCUUUGUCUUCCAUUAGGUUCCCUAAUAUUAAAUUAUUUUUUGUUUUGAUUAAAACCGAAUAAUUGUAUUUAUUCCGGGUUUCUGCUCAACGAAUUUAAAGCUUCAAGUUUGAUUAGUUUUAAUAAUCCUAAAUAGUAAAGUAAAUAAUUUAGCAAUAUAUCAGUGUAACCGUUGAUUUUGUAGUUUAUUUAAUAAAGCCACAAAACUAUAUAAAUAAUUAAUAGUUAUCGCUAGGUUGAUCAUGAAAGAGUAAUACGCUAUGUAAAUACAUACUAAGUAAAUAAAUAGGUACCUACGCAAUAUAAUGAAAUAUAUAAAAUUAUCUAACUAAUAUGUACAGAUAAAGGUACUCUAAGGCUCAAUUUACAUUGCCGCGGAACGGAAUGGAAGUGAAGUUUAGAAUCAUAGCAAUUAUGCUAUUCAUUAGAACUUUAUGUCAAUUAUUUAACACACCAAUUUGUAGAUACGAGUCCAAAAAACAGGUCACGCAAUCACGGGAAUUCCCGAAGCCACAUAGUUUUUAGGCUAUACAAAAAUAAUUAUGCUAUGUACAAUUUCAUUACAAAAAUCGCUUCCAUUCCGUCACGCAGAAAUGGAAAUUAAAUCUAUGGCUGAAUUGAAAGAUUAAUUUAUUUGCACUGUAUUAAACGAGUAUAAAUCAUGUACUUUUAUGUGCAUUUAAAGUGCACGAAUUCAAUAGCAACCAUAUUUUACUUUUAAGACGAGCUAAAUAAAGUCUUUAUAUUAAAUUUU